UCCUUAGAAAAAUGUGGAUAGAGUCCACAAUGCAGAGUAAGGAAAGACAGAAAUCUGUUUAAAAAUAAAAACAAAUCACAGAUCAUCAUUCCAUAAUAAUACACUUCAUCAGCUACCAUUAUAAUACUCUCACACUUUAGCAGCUGAGCAUUGAGAAGAAAUAGUGUCACCAAAGAUUCCAAUUUUCCAACCAAUCUUUCCUCUCUUUUUUUCUCUUAAAGUAUUUAUAUAUAUACAACACACACAUCCACACUUCUCCACCUCCUUCUUUUCGACCAGCUAGCACAGCCACUGUAUUGCCGCCGGUGGUACCCCACUCCACCGCCAACUGAAAAAGAAAAAACAAAUAAAAGGAGGACCACAUUUUGUCCUCCAUUGUACCUACCAAGUACUAUACCAACAUAUAUCUAAAAUUCAAUUAUAUGUGAGUUAAAGAGGGUAAAGGGGAAAGGGGAGCUGAAAUUUCCUCUGUUUAUCAAGAUGCUGUGCUGCAAAAAUUCAGUUCAAAAUAGUCUUGGAUCGGUACCAGUGUACUUAAAUGUGUACGAUCUAACUCCCAUGAAUGGCUAUGCUUAUUGGCUUGGCCUUGGAGUUUAUCAUUCCGGUGUUCAAGUUCACGGAGUUGAAUAUGCAUUUGGAGCUCAUGAGUAUCCAACUACUGGAAUUUUCGAAGGGGAGCCAAAAAAGUGCGAGGGAUUUAUCUUCAGGAAGACAAUAUUGAUCGGAUGGACGGAGAAGACACCUGGUGAAGUGAGAGGAGUUAUGGAAGAACUUGCUGAUAAGUAUAAAGGAAAUGCUUACGAUCUUAUUACCAAGAAUUGCAAUCAUUUCUGUAAUGAUGCUUGUGUUAAACUCACUAGUAAUCCAAUUCCCAGUUGGGUUAAUCGGCUAGCAAGAAUUGGUUUCUUUUGCCAUUGUAUCAUUCCAAUGAGCUUAAAGUCUACCAAGGUUCGCCACCAUCGAAUGGAGGACAAGUCAAGUGAAGGGGAGAGCAAUAAACCUCAGAGCAGCUCUAAUAACCCAACUCUGUCUUCAAAUCCAUCGGUUGAAAAGGAGAGCAAGAAAUGUCAGAGCAGCUCGAGUAAGCUGACUCCGUCUUCAAAUCCAUCGGUUGAAGGGGACCGCAAGAAAUCUCAGAGCAGCUCGAAUAAGCUGACUCCAUCUUCAAAUCCAUCAGUUGAAGGGGACAGCAAGAAAUCUCAAAGCAGCUCAAAUAAGCCGACUCCAUCUUCAAAUAUUUCACCAGCAUCUUCGCAAUCACCACCAACUGCCAAAUCCAAAAGUAGUAACAAAACCAGAAGCCCCCUACCUCCAUCUACGCCGUUGACAUCAGAUUCAGGUGCAUCGUAGAAUUUCUUGAUGCAGAAAGGCCGUGCUUUUAUUUGAUUCACCUUUAUUCUUUUGCUCGUGCUGACAACCACUCGAGUAGCCUUUUAAAUAUUGUAUAUGCCAAUGCUUUCAGUGAAAUGAAAAUCUAAAUAUGCAGCAACAA